CAAAGAAGAUUACAAAAAAAAAAAAAAAAAAAAAAAAAGAAAAAAAAAGGUAUAUAUAUAAAAAAAAGUAAAAAAAAAAUCAAACUACAACCAAGAUAUUUUCUUUGCAUUUCCGAUCAGAAAACACUUACCUUUUUGUCUGCUUCACAAAACUUAAGGCUGAUAAGAGACUUGGUGAAUUUGAAUUUUGACUUGAUGUUGACGAAAGUUGCUGGGUUUUGAUCUGAAUUUUUGUUUUAGGAAGGAUAAGUAGCUUGGAUUGGAUUGAAUAUUUAGUUAUCAAAAAAAAAAAAAGUAGCUUGGAUUUGUAAAAUUAGCUGAAAUUUUGGUUUUAGGGAUAUCUUCUUUUUUGUUUUGGUUUCGGUAACUUGAAGAAAGGUAAAGAGUGUGCAACUUUUGGACGUUUGACUAUGCCGAUGUCGUGGGCUGAUUCUGUUUCUGCAGCCGAGAAUCCGGCUGGAGCUCCCGCCAAGUCAGCAUAUGUUCCGCCACAUUUACGAAACCGACCUUCAGCAGAUCCUAAACCUCCUGCACAAGCUUCGUAUGCUGGGGCUGCUGCAUUAGGUAAUAAUGACCAUGGUGGUUAUGGUGUACCAAAUGUGGUUGGGAGUCGUUGGAGUGGUCAAAGAAAUGAAUACCAAUCUGGUUAUUCUGGUGGAGGAGGACGAGGUGGUGGCGGUUGGAAUGGCAGAACUGGGGGCUGGGAUCGUGGGAGGGAUCGGGAAGUUAACCCCUUUACAGACGAGGAUAAUGAACCUGUUAGUGAACAAGAGAGUUCCGCGAUCAAUUUUGAUGCGUAUGAGGAUAUUCCGGUGGAAACAAGCGGGGAUAAUGUGCCCCCUCCUGUGAAUACUUUUGCAGAUAUUGAUUUAGGUGAAGCUGUCAACGAAAAUAUUAGGAGGUGCAAGUAUGUUAAGCCAACCCCUGUGCAACGGCAUACUAUACCUAUUUCACUCGCAGGGAGGGAUUUGAUGGCUUGUGCUCAGACUGGUUCCGGAAAAACUGCUGCUUUCUGCUUCCCUAUUAUAAGCGGAAUCAUGAGGGGCCAAUUUCCUAGACCUCCACGUCCACGUGUGGCAUUUCCUCUAGCUCUUAUUCUCUCCCCGACGAGGGAGCUCUCAUGCCAAAUUCAUGAUGAAGCUAAAAAGUUUUCAUAUCAAACUGGCGUCAAGGUGGUUGUUGCCUAUGGUGGUGCUCCUAUAAACCAACAGCUUCGCGAAUUAGAGAGAGGUGUGCAUAUUCUUGUGGCAACCCCUGGACGGUUGGUAGAUUUACUUGAGAGAGCAAGAGUCUCAUUGCAGAUGAUAAGGUAUUUGGCUCUAGACGAGGCUGAUCGAAUGCUUGACAUGGGUUUUGAACCUCAAAUAAGGAAAAUAGUGCAACAGAUGGACAUGCCCCCGCCAGGUGUACGACAGACCAUGCUUUUCAGUGCCACUUUUCCAAAAGAGAUUCAGAGACUGGCCUCAGAUUUUCUAUCCAAUUAUAUCUUUUUGGCCGUCGGAAGGGUCGGCUCUAGCACAGAUUUGAUUGUCCAAAGAGUUGAAUAUGUUCAAGAGACUGAUAAGAGAAGUCACUUGAUGGAUCUUCUUCAUGCACAGAGGGAAAACGGUGCUCAUGGCAAGCAAGCUCUUACCCUUGUUUUCGUGGAGACUAAGAAGGGAGCUGAUGCACUGGAGCAUUGGCUUUGUAUGAAUGGCUUCCCUGCUACUGCUAUUCAUGGUGAUAGAACUCAGCAGGAAAGAGAAUAUGCCCUGAGAUCCUUCAAAACUGGUAACACACCGAUCUUGGUUGCAACAGAUGUGGCAGCACGUGGUCUCGAUAUCCCGCAUGUCGCGCAUGUUGUCAACUUUGAUCUGCCAAAUGACAUUGAUGACUAUGUGCACCGUAUUGGAAGAACUGGACGAGCAGGGAAAACAGGUUUAGCUACCGCCUUCUUCAAUGAGAACAAUUCGUCACUGGCAAGAUCACUAUCCGACUUGAUGCAAGAAGCAAACCAAGAAGUACCUGCUUGGCUCUCUCGCUUUGCUGCUCGAUCCACUUACGGAGGAGGCAAAAACCGUCGUGGUGGAGCCCGUUUUGGUGCUCGUGACUUCCGAAGAGAUUCCUCUUACAAUCGAGGUGCUACAGAUUAUUAUGGUGGUGGGGCCAAUAUGAACAGUGGCUAUGCAUCUGGGGGGUAUAAUAAUACAUCGUAUGGAGCAGCAGGUGUGACUAGUGCAUGGGACUAACCGGCCUCAUUUUGCCCCGUUAGUAACUAGCAAACUACGUACUUUUUAGAGCUUACUCUUGUUUUGCUCACUUUUUUUUUAGUUCUCUUCCUUUCGUACUCGGGUUUGAUGGUUGUCGGUUGUGGCAUAGCAAGGGCUCUAGGGGAUGUGUAAAUCUUGGCAGGUAGCGGCGAAUAAUUACUAACAGAUUAGGAAUUUUUGCCUCAUUUUAACUUCCUCUGGUUUUUUCACUCUGCGUUAGCAUUCUGUAGGUGAUGGAAAGGGGAGUUUGUGUUUCUGCUAGACAUGUGGUUUAUACUUCUCUUAACCCAAUUUUGUUGGUUGUAGAUUUCUUCUGCAGAGCCCUUUGAACCAAAAGUUUGAAGUUAUGUUUCAACUUUAGUAGUCACUAUUGUAAUAUUCUGAAGUCUAUUAACCAGAUUUUCUAUUGUAUACACAUUAGAUAUGUUCUUGGAAAAGGUUUUGUUGUUUUAUA